CACGAUGGACUAGCGCAUCGAAUAGAAAUCGUCAUCAAAGGCAAGACGUUAACACUGAAAAUCGACGAUAACGAGCUACAAGCGGUUGCAAACAGUGGUCCCAAAGAAACAUUUGAUUUAGCGACAAAAAAUUACCUAUACAUCGGAGGUCUGCCAGCAGCAGUGGCUAGCCGAGCAAAAGCUGCCUUCCACCUCAAGCAGACACUUUCAUUCAAAGGAUGUUUGUCAGAUUUUCACAUCAAUGACAUGGUAAUCGAUUUCGACAAGGCUGAGCGGAAAGAAAAAAUUUUAGACGGAUGCAUCAACAGUGUGGAUCUGUGCCGAGGUGUUCAGUGCAAUGGUGGUUUGUGCGUUGCCAAUUCAGCAUCGUCCAGUGGUUACACAUGCCGCUGCCCGUCUGGUUAUAAAGGCAUUCACUGUCAGCAACGUAAUUUUUCUUAA